GAAGCAGAGAAGAGAAAGCAAGCGAGGAAAAACAAGUUAUUGAACUUUUUAAGUUUUUGAAUUCACUGAUUAAAUUAUCUGAUAGAAAAACAUUAUCAGAUAAAAUUUUACAUGAAGUUGUUACAGAUUUUAAUAAUACAAUAAUUGAGAAAUUGAAAUUAGAUAGAAUUGGAAUUACAUUAUCUUUUGAUGUAAUAGAUAUAAGUGGUGAACAUCACAAAACUGAUGAUAUUAUUGCAAAAACAGAAGAAAUAAUCACAGAUAUUAAAGAAUUGAAUUUAAUUAUCUUAGCAAUUGUUACUGAUAGUGAAAUUUUUAAAGUAUCACCAGAAUUUAAAACAACAUCAACUUAUGCAUUAAAAAUAGUAGCAUAUUUUAAAAAUGCAAAUAAUAAAUAUUUUAUUGGACAACUUCGUACUAUUCAAAAAGAGAUUUAUGGAAAAUAUAUUCAACCAAUGAUUCCAGGAGAUACUCAAUGA